UUUACUUUCUUUGAUGUUUGUAGACAUGGAUAAUCAGAAAUUACCCUGCAGAGCUUGUGAUAGUGCUCACUCGCGGUACAUUAGUUGCUAUGCUAUCUAUCCCACCUUGACUGAUUUCGGUAACGGAUCCAAAAGCUUUGAGAUUAGGAUUUGAUGUGAAUUUGAUAGCUAUUGCAUUGCAAGCAAUUUUUGGGUAUCCCUUCGAAGUAUUGUUCAUAUAUGGGUCAUGAGCAAGAAGGGCCCUCUCUAUGUUGCAAUGUUUAAGCCAAUUGGAAUCAUCUUUGCGGUCAUCAUGGGAAUUGCCUUUCUUGGUGACUCUAUCUAUCUUGGAAGUGUGCUUGGAGCAGCCAUAGCGGUUAUUGGUUUUUAUGCUGUUAUUUGGGGGAAAAGCCAAGAGCAAGCAAAGGAAGAGUGUGAAGUCUAUGAUGACUCGGAAUCAUACUCGCCCGUUGUCCCUCUUUUGGAGAACAAGAGAAUGGAGGAAUAGAAUCAUAGCAAUUCUUUA